AUGGUCAAGAUCACUCAGGAUGCGGAGCUCAUGAGCAACUUCGUCUCAGCAAAUCCGGUUCCAGCCAGCAACCGCUUCUCCGUGAUCCGAGACGAAAAGGGCAACCCGGCAGUCCUCUCCCACAGCGAAGACGACAAGCUCAACCUCAUCAUCAACGUCGACGGGCGGCCGCAGCUCGCCGACCUUGGCGCGAUAUGGAAGCUUCCCGGCCGCGUCCACGCCUUUGACGUGACGCAGCGAGCGGACCUCAGCGUCUGGGUCGCUGUGGCCACGGCCGCCGACGAUGGAGGCAAGAGCCACUUCAGCCUUAUCCAGAACGUGCAGCCAUCGGCGCUGCUGGCGUUCGCCGCGGAAAAGCUGACGAGGGCCAGCAAGUCCUUCUCCCGAAUCCACGAAGUGUACAUGAGCAACUUCACGCGCACCGUAGCCGGCGAGCCGGUGCCUUUGCUCUUCCUCGCGCUGCAGCCCGCGGACCGCAUCACGCAGGAAGACCAGCUCGGCUACGUCGACAUGACGGUCAACGGCAGCAGUGGCGCGCUCGACAUGGCGCUCAACACGAGCUGGAAGCUGGCCACGAACCCGCUCCGCAUUCUAAGCGUGGCGUUUGGCACGAGCCGGGUGGGCGACGGCGCCUUCGUGCUCUACACGACGCCAUCGGGGCUGAAGAUGCAGUUCCGCGUUUUCCAGGGGCACGAGUUCAGCGUCGAGCUCAACGCGCCAGCUGGCGCAACGUCGCUAGCAUCCUACCUGGACCCAGACACCAAGGCCACAGCGCUGCUGGUCGGCGGCGACGCCGUCACGCAGUACAAGUUCGGUGACUACACGCGGGCCGGCGGCACCGGCACGACGGUAGUCGCGGGGGGCAGCAGCCUGGGGGUCAAGAGCAUGCACACGGCGCAGGCAGAGGACACCAUCACCGUAUGGUACACGACGCGAGCGGACGCGGCAUUCUACUACGCGGCGUCGACGGCGGCAGUGGAAGACGGGCUGCUGGUUCCGCUGCUGGGCGAGGGUGCGGGGGCGCGGAUCUCGGGCAUGCUGGGCAGCAGAAGCAGCAGCAGCGGGGACGCCGGCGGGCUGCUGGAGAAGACGCUGGUGGCGGUGGAUGGCGAGGGGCAGCUCACGGUGCUGCAGCAGGCGGCGGACACGGGCAUGUGGGCGGCGCGGCGGCUGUACGUGUCGACGGCGCGCAGCAACGUCGAGCUCGACACCUUCACCAUCCGCAUCCAGGCGGCGGCGACGGGGACGGGCCCGGACGAGCAGGUCGCGGGCGGCGCGCUGCACCUGGCGGCGUCGGGCCACAUGCGGGUGCUCAGCAACGGCGUGGCGGCGCAUGUGGACGUGGCCGGCGGCUGGCACGCGGCAGACCACGCCGGCGUCGUCACGCUGAUGGUGCCGACGGAGGACCUGGCGUGCCACACGCUGCGGAUUGACCGUUUCCGGUCCGGCAACGGCAGCGAGCAGGCGCUCGACGUGCCGGUGCUCAGUCCCACGGCCAAGGUCGUCGCCAGGCUGUCCGGGGUGCGGACGGGGCGCGAUUUGCUCGACGCGAAGACGCAGGCGGGGAAGCCGCUGAUCGAGCCCGGCAGCGUGUCGGAGGAGGAUGCGGGGCACGCGGCGGCCAUGAUGCAGCAGCUGAGCGCGACGCACGCCGGGAAAGGCGCGGUUGCGGGCGACGACAAGCCCGUAUACCUCGCCGGAAAGCUGCCCGACGACACAGCGCUGCUGGCCGAGGCCCGCGACGCGAGCCAGCCCGUAUCGCCGUGGGACUUUUUCAAGCACAUCUUUGACGGGGCGAAGGAAGUUGCGGCGUGGUUCUUGCAGAAGAUCGGCGACGCGGUGCACUUCGUGUGCGAAUGGGCGGGCAAGAUCUACAGGUUCGUGCUGGACACGGCGUCGGCCAUCGGCAAGGCCGUCAGCUGGGUGUUUGCCAAAGUGAAGCUGUUCAUCAAGGACGUCAUCGCCUUCAUCGGCUACCUCUUCGACUGGCAGUACAUGCUGCGCUUUGCCGACUCCAUCGCCGCCUUCGCCAACGCCGGCCUCGAGCACGGCAUGACGCUGCUGGACGACGUCGACGCCAAGGUGCGCCGCUUCGUCGACGACCUCGAGGCCAGGCUCAAGACGCGCAAGGCCCCGCCGCCCGUGGCCGCAGGCCCGCGCGCCGCCGACAAGCUCGCAACCCCGGCCAGCGAUGCCGUCCAGCAGAGCCCGGCCUACGGUUGGUCGUCGUAUCAGCUGCGCCACGGCGGCUUCGCCCGGCACUCAUCCAUGGCGAGCUCGGCGAGCUUGGAGCCGACGGCAGUGGCCGCCGACGGCGACGACGACGACCCCCUGGCCGACGUAUGGGCCGACUUCAGCAACGAGAUGCACGCCGUCGUGGGCUGGGCCGAAGAGCUGGGCCACGCCUUCAAGGCCCUGUUCGGCGGCGAGGGCAGCUCCGACGACUUCUUCGCCCACGUCACCGACGCCACGCUGCACCUCGCGUGCCAGACGCUGCGCAACAUGGUCGACGCCUUCCUCAAGGGGCUCAAGCACGUGCUGCAGCAGCUCCAGCGCCUCGGCCACCGCGAGAUCGACGUGCCCGUCUUCACGCCGCUCUGGCGCCUCGUCUCGGGCGGCCGCCGCUGCACCCUCUCCAACUGCGUCGCCCUGGCCGUCGCCGUGCCCGCCAGCGUGCUGUACAAGCUGGCCAACCCCGCCGCCGGCAGCCAGCCUGAGCCGCCGGACCUGGGCUCGUGGCUGACCGCGGACGCGUUCCGCAUGUACGUGGACCGCGAUCCGGCGCUGGCGCCGCGCCGGGCGGACCAGAUGCUCGAGGCGCAGCUGGCGGUGCAGGCGGUCCUGGCCGGCAUGGCCGGCGAGCUGAGCCUGAUCGCCUUCGUCUCCGACUCGACGGGGGCGGGCGACGUGAGCCCGCUCGUCGGCAACGUCGUCGAUUGCGUCACUUUCGACUUUUUGCUGCUGGAGCUGGUCUUCUCCUGGCCCGCCAGAUACCAUCACGAUCGGAUGCUGCGAUGGACGGUAUGGACGAUGGAGGCGGCGAACGGCGUGGUGCUCGUGGUGUCGCGGCUGUGGGGGUGGAAGGCGAAGAUCCCACGCUACGAGACCAAGCGGCUGGUGGGCGCCUUCGAGAUCGUGACGGCGCUGCCCAUCUACGCGCUGCAGCUGACGAUUGCGGCCAACGAGUUCGGCGCGCCCGACGACGAUCCCGACAAGGACGACACAAACGACAUUGUCACCCUCCACGUGGCUGGGGACACGUUUCAGCUCAUGAGCGCCGUGGGGUUUGUCGUCGCCGCGCUGGCCGAUCACAUCGACGGAGAGAUCACGGCCGCGGGGCUUGUCGUCAUGGGGCUUGCUAUCGGGGGGCAGGUGGCGAUGAAGACUGUGGAGGUGGUGAAGAAGGGAUUGUGA